AUGCUUAAAAGACCUCCUGUCCCCAAAUUUCAUGAAGAAUGCAAUACUCCUAAAAGAAAUUAGGAUAUGUACGAAUUGAUUUCCGAUAUCAUUUUCAAGAUGAAUCUUAAUGCAGAAGUAGAAAAAAAAUCAAUCUCCAUCUUUAAUGUUUUAUCCAUUCCAAAUUCAUAUAUGCAUGCAUAAGCCAUUAGUUACAAUUAUAAAUUGCCUGAAACUGAUGAAAAACUGCAAUACUUGGCUAAAUGUAUAUAGUAACAACAUUCAACCUUAAUUACAACUCUAUGCCAAAAACUCAAAAUAGAUUCAAAAGCUACUACAGUUUGUGUCACUCUCUUAAGGUAAAUGUAACCUCUCAUUUAAAAAUUGCCAAAACCUGUUUAAAAUGCAAUAGUUGUAAAAAUAGCCACUGAUAUCAUAUAUCUGAAAUAAGGUGGUAUCAAUAUCAAUAUAAUUGCAAACUCUGCAAAUAUUACAACAGAACAAUUAGAUUCCAACAUUAACAGAAUCAAACCAUUUGCAUUCUAAAUCAUUUAAGAUUUGUUCAAUUAUUUCAAUCAUCAUUCUAUUUGA